AAACUGACAUGCGCUUAUAGACUUUGUCACGUGACGUCGAUGAUGUGACACGUGAUAUGGACGACGCUGCUCAAUCGAAAAUGUCAAGUUGAGAGAUUUCUUUCUCUGACAGGUUUGUGCCUUGGGCGGUGACAGGACGCUCAGAAGAAAUGGAUGGAUUUCCUGUGAAGGUUGCAGAGGCAGUGUGUCUUGGCACCAGCCUUGCCCUCUCAGGCAUCUGCUACUAUUUCUACAAGAAAAGCCGGACAACACUAGAUAAGCUUGAUAAUGCUCCACGCUUCCCCAUAGAUGGCAAACUCAAAGACAUUUUGAAAGUUACUCCAGGAGCAUGUCUGCAGUAUGCUGUCAUUGAAGGUACUGUGAAACCAGUGGGUGAGUCUCUGACGAGCCACUUCCAAAAAGAAAUUGCUGGAGUAUUGCAGAGAUUCACGUUGAAAGAACACAGGCUGGUGUGGAACAGCCUUACACGAACUUGGACAGACAGUGAACGAGUCUUGCACCAAAGAGUGAAUGCGGUGCCCUUUGUCUUAAUGGGAUCAGAUGAGACCACAGUCAGAGUCCUGUGCCCUCUGCAGGCCUCUGCAGUGCACCUGGAAAUCACCCACGAGAAGUUCCACCAGGUCAAUUACGGCCUGGGUGACAUCGUAGGACAAUACCUCAGUGGAGAGAAACUUAAAGGGCAACUGGAGACCGAGGACAUGCUCAAAGUGGGCACAGCUCUUACAGGCGUAGGUGAGUUGAUACUGGACACAGAUGGCACCCUGAAUCUUCGACCCCCCUCUGAUGGUUCAGAGUACUUCUUGAGCAUUGCAGACUUUGACACCCUGCGAGGAGAGCAAGAGACCAUGGCCAUUUGGUGGAAGGCGCUGGCUGUUGCCUCUGCUGUGGCUGGUGCAGCGGUCCUCCUCUGGGUUGCUCGACGCUACUACUACCAACUAAAAAUUCGCUGGGAGCGAGAGCAGGAGAGAAGGGAAUUUGAGAGACUGCAGGGCGAAGUUCCGAGAGCGCUGGCCACAGUGGCAGGCCCCGAGGAACAGAUAGAAAAUGCCUGUGUCAUUUGCCUCAGUCAGCCACGUAACUGUAUUCUUUUGGACUGUGGACAUGUGUGCUGCUGCUACACCUGCUACCAGGCCCUUCCACACCGCCGAUGCCCCAUAUGUAGACAGGACAUCAGCAGAGUGAUGCCUCUGUACCACGUCUGACGCACCUGUGUGACCAUAUGACCUCAGUGGAACUUCACACCAAAGGUUUAAACUGCUGCACAAUGGUAAUUCUUUGAUAAUCUUGUUACUGUAAAAAAGAACUAAAUGUUAAGAAUAUACUUUAUGUAUUAUUAAAAUGCAUAUUUAAGGAGAACACAACAGAGUUUCAGUGAGGUCCUUUUAUCUAUCUGUACAUUGUAAAUACCAGAAAAUGAAAUAAUUGGAUAAAGAUGUACAGAGACGUUUAUUUUCCUACAUGUUUUCUCUGUGCCUUACUUUGGUAAUUUAUAUGGCUGCUGCUAAGAGUGAUUGUACUGUAGGUAUCUGAAUAACUUAAGUUUAAUCAAAAGGAGCUAAGCUUUUGUUUUGACCCCUCUCAGUUACAUACAUGAGUCACGAGUCAAUGGAAGUGAGUGAAACAAAGAUGCAUUUAGUGCCAAUAUGAAGCUGUUAUUAAUUACCUAAAGACCGGCUAGAGUGUGUAAAAUGUUGGUUUGUUGAAGAAAAUUCAAUAAAGCAUCACUCUUUGAA